GUUUUGUUUUUCUCUGUUCUUCCAGAUGUAUUGCCUACUUUUAACAUAACAGUGCAUUCUGCCAUUACGCUGGGCAGUAGGGGGGACAGAUCAGUUCGGUUCCAAAGAAAUUUGAAACGUUGGACAAAUUUGCUUCAAAAGAAAUAUUAACUUCUUUAAAAAAAAAGAAAAAAAAGAAAGAAAUGACCUGUCCGGGCUGUACCCCACCUCUUGUCCACACCCGCUGGAUCUUCCCCGCGACCCUGCAAGGACAAGAUUACUUCGGAACGGAUUACUUCAGCAAUAAAAGAAAAAUAAUAAUAAAUUAACAUAUUGAACAGAUUCUUGACAGCUACUUCAUUCUCACCAUUGCUCGUGUCAUUUGGCUGGCCAUGGUAGAGUUUGCACAUACGCUGCUGUAAAUGCAUUGCUGUGCAUAACCGUUGAAAGGGCACACGUACCCGGACCUCCUUGCAGAUUGUGAAGUCAUGCCGUUUUUGGAGUUCGUAGCUGGGAGCAUUUCAGGUGCAGUGGGAAUCGCAGUGGGACAUCCGUUGGACACAGUGAAGGUGCGUCUGCAAGCCAAGUCUGUGUAUAAAGGGAUAUUUGACUGUGUGACCAAGACAUACUUGAACGAAGGAUUUCAUGGAUUCUUCAAGGGCAUGUCCUUCCCUGUUUUGACCACUGGCCUUGUCAACUCCAUUGUUUUUGGCUCCUACAGUAAUGCUUUAGAUUACCUCUCUCAGUCUGAUCGUCGUCUCACCAGCCACCGCAAACAAGUGUCUUCACUACAAGUCUUUACUGCGGGUUGCUUUUCAGGCAUGGUGCAGGUGCUGGUUUGUGCCCCGAUUGAUCUGGUGAAGGUGCGUCUGCAGGGUCAAACAACGGCCAAGCGGUACCGUAGACCCAUACACUGUGUGGCAGUCAUACUCCAACAGGAGGGGGUCAGGGGUCUCUAUAGAGGAGGGGCGGCUCUGGCUCUGAGGGACGUACCAUGCUACGGACUCUAUUUCCUGCCUUAUGAGCUCAUUCGUAAGGCCCUGACUGAGACCGGAGAAGAGCCAGGGACCUUUGCCAUACUGAUGGCAGGAGGCGUGGCAGGUGUGGUGACCUGGGCAUGUGCCACGCCCAUGGACGUCGUGAAAGCUCGGCUCCAGAUGUCUGGAGCCGGUGGUCAGCAGUACAGCGGGGUCCUGCACUGCAUGAGAGUGAGCUUGAAGGAGGAAGGAGUCAGAGUCUUCUUCAAAGGCCUCCUGCUGAACAGCGUCAGGGCGUUCCCCGUCAACGCCGUGACCUUCCUGACCUACGAGAGUCUGCUGAAGAGCUUCUGUCCAUCAGGCAAAUAGGAAAAACUAUUUUCCGUGAAUGAGCGCCAAAGGACGCUAGGAAGUUAACGCUACGUCUGAUAUUUUCAAGGUGAUAUUGCAAAGAGAUGCAAAAAUCUGUACACAGAUCAAGGCUAAAACAGCCAAAGUUUGUCGUUAUAUGAGGUAAUGUAUGCUCUGAUAAAAGAUAAACAAAGCUAAGCAGCUUAGCUAUACCUCAAUACCUCAGUAACACAACAGAGAAUCCAAUAUUUUUAUUGUAGAAAGUGUUCCAUGUUGCAGAUGUGCAAAUACUCUUACUUUCAACAUCAAAACCUAUUAUUACCUAACUCUUAGGUUAGAUGGUCAAGUAUUUUUAAAAAAAACGUAAAACGAAGCCAUCACAGCAAAAGUAGCAAAACUAAAAAUGACACCCUUCGUUCCAAAGUAUGUGCACUGUACAAAUGAGGGGCAUAAUCAUCACAGAUAGGCUUAUUUUAUAGACAUGACUGGACUCGGUGUUUCAUUUAUUGUUCUUAAUUUCUUCAAGUUUUUGAACCAUGUAAAAUGUCUUUUAGAUUCACAUACAUGAAUUAUUUGGCUUUGCCAAGUCCUUCGGUAGCUACAAAUGUGAAUCUUUAAAGAUUUAUGUUGUUACCACACAUCUACCUCAAAGAUGCUAGUUCUCCACUCGUCUUGCAGAUUUGAAUGAUCUGUUAGGGCAAUCCUAAUCCCAGAACGUUUGAAAUGUUUUGAAUUAUUCUGCUUGUUUGCUUAUAAGUGUUAUCUGACCCUGAAGGUUUUAUUGCAAGCUGUCAACGUGUAAGAUCCGAAUUUAUGCGUUAAACUAGUUUUAGACUUUAAAAGCCGAUGAGUUUUGCCUUGAAACAGGUCACCAAUGUGAAACACGUUUUUUCUGUACACAACUUUCAAAUACACUUUAUGCUGUAUGUACUGUAAUUCUCGAAAAUAAUGAAGAACUGUAUUAAAAGGGUUACUAUUAUUAGAGUGUAUUUUUUUGUUGUCCUUGAAAAUACCAGAGAAUUCUUUUGGUGUGUCGUGUCUAUAUGUGUUUAGAUAAUAUGUGAGGCAGCAUUUUUACUUAUUAAAGUCUGUUUUGGCUUGUUUGCAAACUCUUACCAUAGUUUUAUAGGUUUGAAAUAAAGAUGAAGUUACUCAGGUCAUAUAAUCAACCUUAGAGCACAUCUUGUAAGCUAAAUAUGAUUCUGUGCUCCUAUUUCUACAAUCACAACCCAACGUUUUUACCCAUGCACUCUGUAGAAACUUCUAAACCUGCGGCUCCGAAUCCACGUCUGACUCUUUGGACCCUCGACAAUGGCUCUUAAAAACUGCCUAAAAAUGCUAAACAACUUAGAUACAAUAAAAGUAAGUUUCAGCUUUUAUUUCACAGAAUAAUUGAUUUUAAUUCCCAUGACAUUAUGACAACAUUUUUUAUUAUGCUCAAAACUUUGUGCAACUAUCAAGAUCCCACGUAAGAAAAUGUAGUCAUUAUCCUUUUGAAAAAGUUAGCUUUUCUUUGUAUUAAAACCUAAAAUAAGAGUAAACUUGUUGCUCUUUAAAAAUAACAGAUUUUCUGUAGUAGAUAUUUGUCAAAAGCGGUCUUUUUUCAAAAGGUCAGUAAUACUUGUGGCUCUACACCUGUUUUAUUUUCCUCGACUGAGGGCGGAAAUGGCUCCUUUACAAUCUAACCUUUACCUUGGAUUGUAAAGGUUGCAGACGGCCAGGACUUGCAAACCAAAUAAAUGACUGACAACCUGCUGCAGGUUGGAAGGGAGGAAACUUUUUAUUUUUCUGUAGUGAGCAGCAUAUCGAUAAACUCUCACAGACAGAUUUACAUCCUUAGUUUGGAAAACCUCAGAUAUACAGCUUAUGGUUGGUUGUUUUCACCUUCUUUAUUUAAAAACAAAUGUAAGUUUGAAGAUGACAAAAACAUCCACAUCUGUUUGUGUGCACAAACUUGAAAACGGUCAACCAAAACAAAGAGCAGCAACGUAAAGUGAACGCUGAACGUUAAUAAAAUGUUUAUGUUCGAUUCAUUCAGCUCUUGCUGUAAAUCUGUUAAGAAAGGAAAAUAUGAAGCUGCACCUUCAUAUUUCAUACAGCACAAAACUUCAUGAAAGAGUAGAACAAUAAUAGUGACGAUGAUUGAUAACCGGCGAAGAAACAAAAACAAACAUUUACAUGACAGAAGCAUUCCUGGAAUGCAAAUCAUGGAUUUCUGAUAUUUCACAUUUCCUAUAAAUGUGUCAAGCCAAACGACAACAACAAAAAAAUCAGGCACCAAAGACUCUUUCACAUAUUAUAACCUUCAGUGAGUUUUCAAGGUUUGCACUGGACGAUGCAGUGCGGACUGCACAACCCGUGACAGUUUAAAAGCUGCAGCUCCGACACGUUUAGCAGCGUCUUUACCACAGACGAAGAACCAAGCAGCGCUUCCCUGAGCUUCUCAUGUUGACCGCUU